UUUAUGCAAGUAUAAGCAGAUGUUAGACAUUAAAAACUGGUUAUAAAAAACUUCUACAUAAAACUUCUUGUAACUAUGAUUAAAAUGUGUUAUAGGUACAUUAUAAAGCAUUAUAGACACAAACUAAACCGCUGUCUCUGCUCAGUAUAAAAAGGGUUUCCAUGCACGCUUUUCUUUCUUGCUGUGGCCUCGACCAGGAACAAUCACAGACGACACUCAAAGCUGAUGAGCUGCUGCUCCAAAGGCUGCCAGUCGUUGUGUUGCACAACAGUAAUUACAAAUAUAGGACACAGAAAAUUACUUCCAUUUUCAGACCGGGUGUAGAAACAUGAGCUGAUGUUUUCACUAAUUAUUUAUUAUUAUGCUGUAGGAUGCUAAUUAGAAAAGUCACCACUGAGCAUGCUGAGGUACUUCAUCUUAUUAUAAAGGGAACAUUCAAUUCAAUAUUUUGAAUUCACAAGUCUCAUCUAUUAUUUAUCAUUAUUAACAUUAUUACAAAUGUAUACAGGUGACACAUCCUCCAUUAUAACCCCCUUUAAAUGCUUCUAUAUGUGUAAUAUUAACAACUUUUUACAUGUCACACUUUUAUUAUAAGUUCUUGCAAAGUAAGCAUGUUGCUGUUGCCGAAUGAAGAGUUAAUUAAAUUAAAAAGCUGCACAAUGUAUUAAUUCUAAUAAGUAAAAUAAUCAACACAAUGUAAAUAUAAAAAAAAAACUGUUUUGGUGUCCUGUCAACUGAAGUUAGCAUGCUAACCUGCUAGCACGGCGUCUGAAAACCUCCUACUCUCAGCAGUAUGAAGCCUCCAUGAGUCUGGCUAGCUGCACGGCUAACUGAGCUAACAGGCUAACGGCAGCUGCGGUCAUUGAUGUAUAGAGUACAGCUGGCAGCAGUUAGCAGAUCACGUGCUGCCCUCUCUAUGCUCAGAGUGUGAAAUCAACAGGUGGCACAUUCUUAUGGUUAUUUUCAUGUGAAAUCCUACAUACUGCUCCUUUAACCCUCUGUGAUGUUGAACAUACAUCAUUGGUGGUAAAGUGUGACCUACAGUAGGUAAGCUGCUGCUCUGAAAAGGCUGUGGACGCAUCAUCAUCUUCAUCAUCAUCAUGUCUGACAGAAAUAGCUCUUUGUUGUCUCUGUGAUCCUGAAUAAUUUAUCUCGGACCAUCGUCCCCGUCAUGACAUUUGCUCACAUCGUCCCCCCGGUAAGCGCGAGCAGGAUGCCUGAAUCCCUCAUCCGAAUGUGCAAAAAGGUCAAGUGAUAUUGAUCUCGCUAUGCAAACGCGCUCUAUAUUGUCCGAAUCAAACCUCCGCGGUCUGGGAUCAGGUCGAACAUUUCCAGGUCGGUCUGAGACUCAUUAUGAGAUUCAGCUCUGAAGGUGGGGAUUAGCAGCUGAAUUCAUCAGAUCGGACAGAAGCAGACCGAUGAAUGGACAGAGGCUGCGAGUUGAUCCCUGCGCCGGCGGUGCGUAAAAACGCGCGCCCAGGGGUGGAGACUUGUUUGGAGAGGCAGGAGCGGAGAGAGCGCAGCAGCAGCAGCAGCACGACUCUCUGCAUCCACAGGUUGCUGUUCGCCUCUCUGAGCAUCUUGUCAGCGCAGACUGAAGAGUGCAGCCCGGUGGAGAUGAACAGAGGAGUCGUAUGAGGACGCGCCUGGAUGCAGGGUUUGGGACUUGGGAGCUCAUGAGGAACGAUGCCACUGCUUUGGACAAGUCGAUCUAUAAUAUCCUGCUUCAAGAACAACAACCAAACUCUACUGCGCAGGACUUUUCUGCCGUAAAAAAAUAUAUAUAAUGAUUUCUUUCGAGGGCUGUGCGUUUUAUUCGAGAGCACCAUGCCACAGGUCCGUCAGUGCAGCCUCCCCCCGGUGACAACAGCAACAUAAUGGCAUGUCGGAGCGGCUGCUGCUGCGGCUCCGGUCCGAUAAACGAGGACAACGCGAGGUUCCUGCUCCUGGCGCUGUUCAUCGUCAUCUACCUCCUCUGCGGGGCCGCCGUCUUCUCCGCGCUGGAGCAGCCGAAGGAACGCGAGGCGAAGGAGCGCUGGACGCAGAGGUUCGAGCAUUUCAGCCAGAAGUACAACCUGAGCAAGAAGGACCUGAACAACUUCCUCAGGAACUACGAGGAGGCGAACGUGGCGGGCAUCCGUGUGGACACGAUCAGACCUCGGUGGGACUUCACCGGCGCGUUUUACUUCGUGGGAACUGUGGUGUCGACCAUCGGGUUCGGGAUGACCACUCCUGCCACCAUUGGAGGAAAAGUCUUCCUGAUGUUCUACGGUCUGCUCGGCUGCGCCGCCACCAUCCUCUUCUUCAACCUCUUUCUGGAACGUGUCAUCACCGUGAUCGCCGUCGUCCUCAAGUCCUGCCACGAGCGACGCCACAACAAAGCCGUGCUCCCACAAAAUGGCCGGCGAGUCUCCGGGGGAAACAAAUCAGGUGGAGCCGGAGGAAGUGGGGGAGGGAAAGGUGAGGAUCUGGCUGGCUGGAAGCCCUCAGUCUACUGUGUCAUGCUCAUUCUAGGAGCAGCAGCCAUCUUGGUGUCCUGCUGUGCCUCGCUCAUGUACUCUGCAGCCGAAGGCUGGGGCUACCUGGACUCGCUCUACUUCUGCUUCGUGGCCUUCAGCACCAUCGGUUUUGGAGACAUGGUGAGCAGCCAGCGAGUCGUCUACGAGGGCCACGCCACAGCUGCAUACCGACUGGGCAACUUCUUCUUCAUCCUAACUGGCGUCUGCUGCAUCUACUCCCUCUUCAACGUCAUCUCCAUCGUCAUCAAGCAGGUCCUGAACUGGCUGCUGAGGAGGCUGGAGGCUCCUUGUCGCUGUUGUUUCCCCAGGAGAGGUCAUCACCCGCAUCGGCACCCCAGACGGAACGUGGUGGCCCCGGGUCACCUACGCGCCCGCAGAGACCCUUCAAUCGAGACGGACGCCAUCAACGAGAGCGAGACCGACACUGGGCGCAGGAUGUCCGGAGAGAUGAUCUCUAUGAGGGAUUUUCUAGCGGCCAACAAGGUGAACCUGGCGAUUAUGCAGAAGCAGCUUUCGGAGAUGGCCAUCGGACACCCGCGCCAGUCCGGCUCCAGCUCGCGGCAGAACGGAUUCUCGGGAGGGGUUGGCGCCCUCGGCAUCAUGAACAACCGGCUGGCAGAGACUAGCGUGGACAGAUAGGGGAAACAGCAUGAAUCCUUUGUACAGGAUACAAAGAGGCUAAGAGGACGAGUUCAAGGACAACGUGACACUGUGGACUGCCUCCCUGAAGAAAAGAGAUCUGAGCUCAUUUACUGCCAUGCUUACACCUGACAUUAAGAUACGUCCUCGGUGAUCCGAUCACAAGGGGACCUCUCUAAGCGCAGGUGUGAAUGCACCCAGGACACACUGGGGACAGAUUGAUCUUGAAUGCUUGGACUACAUUUGGAAGGAAUUCACACAUGGUGUUAACAUCCGUCCUGCGUGAGCCGAUCACAGGUGGACAGCGACCAAUCUGCCAGUUCACACUCGGCAUCAAAACAUGACAUGCGUCUCCAGUGACCACUUGCGAUCAAAUCUCUCUUUCUUGCUCUAUCUGCAAAUUAACACGUGCAUCACUGGUAAAAAGAUGAUUUAAUAUGAAACAUUUGCCGAAUUAACAAGAAGGCCUGAAUAGUUAAGCAUCUGUUGUAAACAGCGUUUGACAAAGUUUAAAAUGUCUCUUAACACAGCAAUUUAGUAAGUUGAGUGAUUUUUUUGAAGGAAGUCUGGGGAAUUUCGCCACAGGAAACAAAGAAGUAGCCUAUAUCAGAUACUGAUAAAUGUCUUUUGUAAAAUUGAACAUGUUGACCAUCAAUAAAAUGUCGUCUUCUGUCUUAAACUUUGUGUUAGUUGCUACAGUUUGCUCCAACAGCUGCUGAAUGUUGGCAGGCAAGAUGCACUUUAGACUUUAGAUACACGGCUGGCACGAUGUGAAAAGUCACACUUUUUACAAGGAGUGAAACAACUCAAUAUGUCGCAUUUAAAGCAGAAUUGACAAGAAGGCACAGGUACGGUAUUUGAAAGUGGCGUAGCUGUUUACGCACAGUUUGUUAAGUUUCUCGUCACACAACUACCCUUAAAAUCACACAUUUCGUAAGGUAGUCUGGGACAAUUGCGGUUACAAGACGCAUGAACAUGAAACAGGGUUUUCACACCUGUACUAAGAGUUGUCCCCACUGAUGAUGCAUGUUGGUACCAGGUCGGAACAGGGCCUUGGAAACAGAAACAAUGUACAUGAUUAUUUGCAUACAGAGCAGGGAAGCGAGAGCCGACAACAAGUGUUCACUCGAGACGCAUGUGGAGACGCGUUCGAGUGCCAGGUGUGGACAGACAAACUCAGAGCUGUCCACUUGCGAUCUGAUAACUCGUGAUGCAGAUUUGCUCCAGGUGUAAAUUGGGCCAUGGCUACGUAACACCACCUUUCCCUGACCCCUCAGCAGCUACAGCUUAAGACUCAAGCCCUCUCAGCCAGCUUUCCCUGCCAAGAUCCGUGUCUACAUGAAUGAUGCAUGAUAGCUUGUUGUGAGUGUCACAUCUGGAUCAGCGGCGUGCAGGAAUCUUUUCACGGGGGUUUUUCAGUUUCCAUGGUGAUAAAAACACCUGCCUAGCGCCCUUGUACACAAGCCUUAAAGUCUUGAUGCACUACAUGCUACUUCACGCCUAAAUGCAACUUCCACUCAUCCACAACACUUGACAGUUUUUACUAUGGCUCUACCCACGUCCACUCUGCUGUAUCUGUGACUGUAAAGGACAUUAAUGAGAAAAAAAAAUGUUGCUUUCAUAAAAUUUUCCUUGGGGUUUUUUUGUGUGUGCGUGUGUCUAACAGUAAUUAUUACAUAAAAAAACUAAAACCUGCUCCAUGGAUAAUUGAAUGUUUAUCUUUAAUUAUAGAUUGCGUAAUUUCACAAUUAGUCCUCUUUCACAGCGUUCACGACUCAGCGACAGGCACAUUGUACCCUAUUCAAUAGCUUCCGUCGUCGGCUCUGUUCUCGUUUAUAAUCACAGCAAAGAGAAGACAAAAAAAAACAACCCAAAAGAAUCUGAUUACAAGCCAAACAGACCUCUCUACAGCUGAAUGGUUGCUGCUGUCCUGAGUCUGAGAUGAAACCUAUUAUGUGAGUCUACUGUUUACUUGUGUGGUUGCACAGCCUCCAAACACAGACGCAGACAUUUUCACACCCUGGUGGUGUCUGUGCACGUACACGUAGGUUCAGCAAAAAAGCUCCAGGGCUCAUUAUAUUAAUUUCAGUAUUUUUUUGUACAGUUCUCUGGAUUCACAGUAAGUGCAGUGAGCAAAACAGGCCGAGACUCUUCAAAACAUUGAUUCAACCAGGAGGCAGAACCACUUGUGGACACUAUUUUGUACUUGGUUUAUGAAGAUGGUAUAGGCAUCUUCAUUUUCCUUAUGAAUGUAUCUGAGAGGUAAAUUGCAGGGUGAGAAAAAUCCUCCAGGCUCCACUUCUGACGUCACCAGCACAGCUUUAGAUUAUCUAACAUAAUUGUGUGUGUUUCUCUCCUGAUCGACAGGGCAGCAAACCUGCAGAAAGAAAAACACGUCAAGAAUGAUAUCAUGUUUUUGUGCAGAGUCUACUCGAAUUUUAAAGAGGAUUCCCAGUGGUUGUGAAAAAAAACAAAACAAAAAAACAUGUUUUCUGUGUGAGUCAUCUGCUGCAAAAUCCUUUUCAGUCCACAGCACAAACUGAGAAGAGGGAGGUGAGAUUCGGGCGGCACACAGCUCUAAUGAAACAUAUGCAGAGUGGAUGAUGUAUGUAACUGUAUAAAAAAGAGAGACGCUGAAUGUAACCCCUCUCCCCAAGCAUUGAUUUCCCCUUCAAGAUAGUAGUAAGAGCAGUGGUGCAGCAGGAUAUUUGAGGGGCACGGGUGAAAAAAUAAAAAUGGGCACCAACUUGCUGAAACAUGAUAUAUAUUUAUAGUGAAAAGAGGUCACUUCACCAUAUUUUGUCCACUGGAAGGACACCUUCCCUGCCAGUCUAUCAUAUAUGAUCAAAGUAGGGGUUAUUGCAACAUUGAUGUUUGCUAAAAUGCAGGACUGAUGUGCACAAAUCAGCAAUAGCACUUUGCUCUACCCCUCUAUCUCUGCAAGAUUAGGGUGAUGGGGCCAAGGGGUGCGUUGGGAUACACAUCACUGGCACUACCACAUGCACUAUGUAGUGUUUCCCUGCUGUGAUGAAGGCCGUCCAGGAUGCUAUCAGAAUUUAGGGUAAUGUAAUAUUAAGUUUACUCUGCAGCAGCCCCAGCCAUGCAUGCAGCUUUUGGUCCCAAUCUUUUAGCACAGUGUGGUUGAAACCAUGAAAAAGAACAAGAUUAUUAUUUAGAAAAAAAAUAAUCAACAGUUGGGAAAAGUCAGCCGGAGACAGAGUUUCAAAUCACCCCGUGGAGUGACAUUAGCAAAUAGCUGGAAAAGAAAAACCUGCUUUUGUUUUGUGUGUGGGCAAGGCUCAUUCAACAAUCUGCAGCUUACUGCUCCUCCAAAUUCAAGAGAUACUAAAGAUGUGAAUCAAAGUCUUUCUUGUCUUGUCUUCUGUUCUGUUUAUCUUUACACCUGCAUGUGAACACUUCCCUCUCGUCAGUACUAAAACCGAGAUAUCAGCAACAGACUCAGCGAGCCAGUUCUUUAAAAGUAGAGCAGGAUGAAAUAACAAUGAAUUCCUUUAAUAAUGAAAUCCGAUAUCUCAUGCAGAAUAACAGAACUGGCGAAAAUAACUCAAAUCUCACAGUGCCCACUCUUCGCUAUGGAGACGAUCUCACCUCAGACAGAAUACUCUGAUAGGCUUUGCCAGUGUUCAUGCACACGCAUGCUUCAAACACAAACUCACACACUCAGGCGCACACACACACACACACACACACACAAAAAAUAUCGCCUAAUAGAGAAUCAGAGAAUAUGUCAGUGAAGCUGUGCCUACACAGAUAAUAAUAGCUUUGAACAAUUGCCUGUGUGUUCCUGUCUGUUUGUGUGUCUGUGUGCGUGUGUGCUACAAGACAGACUCGCACAGAUGCAGACAUACAAAGACUCAUUGUUAGCGCUCUUUUUUUGAGUCACGACAACUCCCAGAGAGUCAAUGACACCGCUGUCGUCUCCACUGAGUUGGGGACAAUUCAAACACACCCUAAUGGAACAAUCAUACAGGACAUGACAAUGUGGUUGAUUCUGCUGUGCUGCAGAGGCGCUGAUACCAUUCAUGGUUCAGUUAGUAUAAACUUCAUGGGUGGCUAUUUCAUUAUUAUGUUCACAAAAGGUGUGAGGACCUGAUAGCUGAUUUACGACUUGCUGAAUAGGAUGUUUGACCACACUGUGAGUAAUAUGGAGGAAAAAUGAAAGUGGAUGUAUAAUCCUCAUUACAACUGUGAUGUUUUAAUGGAACAAGCAGUUAUUUAAACAUGACAUGAUGUGUAAUAUAAAGGAGAGCAAGCCCACUGAUAAUGAAUCUGACCCAGUUAGGUUCAGUGGCUGUUCAGCAGCUUUGCACUUAGACCAUAUGGACUAGCUGCACCACUACUGAGAGCCCUCAACAAUUAGCAUGUUGUCUUAAUGACUUCAUUAGGAUGGUUGGCAUGCGUUGAUGUUGUUGUGUGCAUGAUGACCAGUUUAUCAUGUGCAUGAGUGUGACAGGGGAGGGUAAAAACAAACAAGAUAAAUAAAUAACCUCUGUGAAAUAUGUGUGCCUGUCAAACAUGCGCACAGUGAAAAAUGCUUUUAUUUCACCCUCUUUGCAGUACCGUGGAGUACUGAGAAUGCUGGACGUUUGUUCUUUUGUUC